AUGCAUCUGUUGGAAACUCUCGUGGCGGCGGCGGCCCUGUUGGGCGUCGGCGUCGAGGCGGCCAUCCCCAAGCUGCCGCUCCCCAAGAGCUGCACAGGCGUGUCGGCGUUCCGCAAUGCCAACACUGUGGCGUCGGGCUGGUCGGCCGUAAAGAUCGCCGGCGGGCUGAAGCAGGUUCGGCACGUCAUCUGGGACAGCGAGGGCCACAUGCUGGUGUCGCAGGCUACGCGCGGCAUCUCGGUGCACACGUUCGGCGCCGACGGGUGCAUCAACAGCACCAGCCUGCUCAUCUCUGGCGCCCAGCUCAACCACGGACUGGCGCUGACGCCCGACAGCAAGACGCUGUACGCUAGCAGCGAAACGACUGCCUUCAGCUGGUCCUACGACCCCGUGGCCAUGAAGGUCAGCAACCAGAAGACGGUGGUUAAGGGCAUGUCCACGGGUGUCCACUCGACCCGCGCCAUCCAGGUCGUGGCCAAGAACCCCAACCUGAUCCUGCUCCAGGUCGGCAGCAACGCCAACCUGGACAUGGCCGCGGCCAACAAGGCCACCGGCCGCGCCAUCAUCAAGAUCUUCGACAUGAGCAAGGCGCCCUCGGCUGGCUACAACUACAACUCGGACGGCGAGGUCUUUGGCUAUGGCCUGAGAAACGAGAUUGGCUUCGUGGCCGACCCCAACGGCGUCUUCUGGGGAGUCGAGAACAGCGGCGACGACUUUACUCGCACCGAAAACGGCAACCGCAGAGACAUCCACAAGGACAACCCGGCCGAGAAGCUGAACAACCUGGGCGACCCGAUGACGGUGCGCGAUGCGUGGUACGGAUACCCGACGUGCUUCUCAGUGUGGGACCCGUCGAGCUUCUCGGGGCUCAAGACGGGCAGCCACUUUGUGCUGGCGCCCAACAGCUCGUACAACGACGCGACGUGCAACGGCAAGGCCAUCGCGCCGCGGCUGACGUUCCAGGCGCACUCGGCACCCAUCUGGAACACGUUCGACGACGACGCCAAGAACAUGUACGUGACGUUCCACGGGUCGUGGGACCGGCAGCCGGCCACGGGCUUCAAGGUGGUGCAGAUCCCCUUCACGCGCCUCGCCGACGGCAGCUACGACCCCGUCGCCCCCGCCGACAGCAUGACGGGCUACAAGGACAUCUUCUCCGCCACCAACCCGGCGAGCUGCACCGCCAACGGCCUGACCCAGAGUAACUGCUUCCGCCUGACCGCCGCCUCGUGGGACCCCGCCGGCCGCGGCCUGUUUGUCGGCAGCGACAACAGCGCCGAGGGCGAGAUUUACAUUCUGUCGCCUAAGUAG